UGGUGAUUGACAAGGCGACAGGGUGCAAAACGAAGGUUGUGGUUAGAUACGAGGACGCUCGAACUUCGCAUUGACAUCUGCCCAGGUGAUGUGGUGCGCAGCUUCAGUCUGACCAACUCGUCGCUUCGCACUGCAGAUCCAGGCGAUCGAGUGUCCGAAAACACCAACAUACCUUCGUGGAUAAAGCCCGGACAAUGGCAUGACUUCAUAGUCGACUUAGGGUGUCAGCACACGUGCCACAUCGAUUUUGAUCGGAGUGAGCGUUUCAAAUGGAACGCGGGCGGCUCAGAUCGUUACCUCAACAGUGUAGGGAGCAUCAACGAGUACACAGGUCUGUUCAAUUGAAGCUACAGGAGUUGCAUUCCCUACCAGGGAAUGCGGAGUCGUUCAUUGUCUUGUGCUAUCAAUCGCAUCGCCUGAAGUCAUUCACUCACAGCAGCAAACUGGUAGCGGUGUUUUUUUUCAUGAAUGAUGUGAUAUGUUCUUUAUUCCUGCUUUCUUAAAAUUUCCGAUCUAUAGCUCUUUCAUUUUCUGUUCCACAAAACACGUAUCUAUAAUUGAAGUUUCUUUUUCCACGAAAACGAAGUUAGAGCGUGAGCCCGGUGCUCAUACGCAAUGUGGUAGAAACCCGCAACAGUGAUCAGCAGAACUCUGAUUCCCCUUCACAGGAAAACACUUGUAAAAACUCUUGCUGGCCGUUCGAUGGCAUUCCUAUAGAGACAUCGACCAAAUAAGUCACCCCUUAUCUUGACGUCCCUUUCCGAUUCCAAAACUCAUCAACCUACUCUAUAAUUCAACUGGUA